UCGGCAGAGGGCGUCGGCGCACGGGCCGGGAACAACAGCCGAGGUAAGCGCGGAGGGAGCCGGGAGCCUCCGGGCCGGCGGGCCCGGUUGCCGGAACCGGAAGUGACCCGGCUGUCUCCGCAGAUGUCGCCCGGAAUCGUCCGAGUCAAGUUGGUGGGAGUGCGGCUGGGACGCCGGACCGCCGCAGACGAUCCCUACUGCGCCGUGGCCGUUCUGCGUCCGGAGAAAGAAGCUCGUCCGGCCAGAGGAACCAGCUACCUGUAUCCGGAAUGGAGCUCGUGCUUCGACGUCAAGAACCGUCCAGGUCACGCGGUGCAUUUCCUGGUGCUGACCAAGCCCGACCGUCCCCUGGCCGAGACCACCGUCGACGGAGACUGGCUGGUGGAGAGUUGCAUCCGGGGAAGGACCGCCGACGCCUGGUUGGAACUUCGACCGGAAGGACUUCUGAACGUGCAACUCAAGUACCUAUCGGAGGACGAAGAGGACAGCUCGGCCGAAGGCAGUUCCGGUUCCUCCCGUAGGGCGGGACGACCCGGGACCGGCGUGGCCAAGCGAAGAGGAGCCUUCAAGCAGCAAAAGGUGCACCGGGUCAGAGGUCACUCCUUCGCCGCCAAGUUUUUCCGACAGCCCACCUUCUGCGCCUUCUGCAAGGAGUUUUUGUGGGGAUUCGGAAAACAGGGAUAUCGAUGCCAGAGUAAGUCUCUUCCUUUCCGUCUCUUCGGGGAUUCCUCCCCGGGGGAAUCCGAAGAGCGGUCCCGCCUUCUUUCCGGAAGGAGGGUCGGAAGUCGACGCCGUCUGACCCCGCUCGUCCGCAGAGUGCCAGAUCGCCGUCCACAAGAGGUGCCACCGCAAGAUCCUGGGCGAGUGUCCGGGGUCGGGAAAGGAGUCUCAGGCCACUCUGAAUGCAAGAGUAAUUGUCACAAGAAAUGCGAGAAACACAUGCCCAACCUGUGCGGGGUCAACGAGAAGUUGCUGUCCGAGGCUCUGUCCACCGUCAAAAGAGGCGCGGCCGCCGCUGCCGAGGAGCCGGAAGAAGGGGAGGGACGUCGUCCCCGGCGUCCCUCCACACCGGGCAGCAACGAUUCCGACGAGGGCUUCGACCAUUCGCGGGACCGAGUGCUGUCGCCCACCCUGGCUUCCUGUCCCGAGAGAGAGACCGCGGGUCUGCCCCGUCUGAAAUACCGGAAGUACUCGGUGGACGACUUCCACUUCCUGAAGGUGCUGGGUCGAGGCAGCUACGGAAAGGUGAUGUUGGCCGAGCUGAAGAACGGCAGCGAGUAUUUCGCCGUCAAGUGCCUGAAGAAAGACGUCAUUCUGGAGGGGAACGACGUGGAGUGCACCAAGAUCGAGAAGAAGGUCCUGGUCCUGGGCACCGCCCACCCUUACAUCUGCAAGUUGUUCUGCACCUUCCAGACUCAGAGCCACGUCUUCUUCGUCAUGGAGUACCUGAGCGGAGGCGACCUGAUGUUCCACAUCCAACAGUCGGGUAGGUUCGACCAGGAGAGGGCCAGGUUCUACGCCGCCGAGAUCGCCUCCGCCCUGAAGUUUCUGCACAAGAAGGGCAUCGUCUACAGGGACGCCAAACUAGACAAUAUCGUGCUGGACGCGGAGGGUCACGUCCGCUUGGUGGACUUCGGGUUUUGCAAGUUUCGCAUUUACAGGAAGGAGUGCCUGCCGAAGAAUCUGUGCGGCACGCCCGAUUACAUGGCCCCCGAAGGACCUCAAGCUGGACAACGUCAUGCUGGACGUCGCGGGACACGUCAAGCUCAGCGACUUCGGCAUGUGCAAGUGCAAGCUGCCCGAAGACCGGACGGCCACCUUCUGCGGGACACCCGACUACAUCGCUCCCGAGAUCAUCCGGGGUCAGAAGUACAACCAGUCGGUGGACUGGUGGGCCUUCGGGGUGCUGCUGUACGAGAUGUUGGUGGGUCAGUCGCCCUUCGCCGGAAGCGACGAGGAGGAGCUCUUCUGGUCCAUCUGCAACGAAGAGGCCUACUACCCCCGAUUCCUCAGCAAAGAAGCCAAACAUCUCCUGGUCUUGUUGCUGAACAAGACGGCCGACUGUCGCCUGGGAAUGCCCGACUGUCCGGCGGGGGACGUGUGUCGCCAGCCGUUCUUCGCCAGCGUCGACUGGGACAAGGUGGAGAGGAAGGAGCUGAGGCCUCCCUUCAGACCCAAUCUGAGAGGACCCGGAGACGUGGGAAACUUCGACGUCGACUUCACCGCGGAGAAGGCGCAGCUGACGCCGGUGGCGGCGGACAUCCUGGCUUCCAUGGACCAGACGCAGUUCCGAGGUUUCACCUACACCAACCCCAACGUCACCGAGUGACGUCUGUACAUAAUUUUUAUCUGUUUUGUAACCGACCUCCGCCGCGCGCGCGUAUCAAUAAACUCUUUUUACCAAAACUCGUUUGGUCUCUGCCGGUCUCCGUCCGAUCGGGAAAGGACCAGGGAUAACGCGAGACGAAAUCU